GAAAGGGAACAACCGACAGUGUGUGUGGUUUUUCCGACACUCCCGGCUGCAGCUGGAGGCAGCACGGCUACCUGUCUGUCGGGUCCAGCUGAUCUGAGUGAGAUGAUUCACAGAGGCGUCGACCUGUGUGGACAAACAGAGCCGCUCACAGACCGUGUGUGUGUUUCAUCUAAUGUAGGCGACCAGCUCCAGUUUCAUGUAGGACCUGUCUGGAUGGAGGAGACUCUAAAACCGGCGCUAUGGCCAUGGAGAGCAGUGUGUGGAGUCCCUGCGACUACAGCCACAAUGUCACCUUCUUCUACAACCUGGUGGGUAAGAAGAUCAGCGAAACGUGGUCGCCGCGGGACUUUUUUGUGAUCGGACUGGGCUUGACAGUAUGUCUCAUCGUAGUCUUGGCCAACCUGAUGGUGAUGGUGGCCAUCUUCAUGAACCACCGCUUCCACUUCCCCAUCUACUAUCUCCUGGGCAACAUGGCUGCGGCGGACCUGUUUGCUGGUAUUGCCUACGCCAACCUGAUGUUGAACACGGGCCCCUGGACCAGAACACUCACCAAGGAGCAGUGGUACAUCCGCGGGGCUUUGAUUGACAUCAGCCUGACAGCCUCUGUGGCCAACCUGCUGGCUGUUGCCGUGGAGCGCCACCAGAGUAUCAUCACCAUGCAGCUGCACAGCAAGAUGACCAAGCGGCGCGUGGUGCUGCUGAUAGUCGGCAUUUGGGCUGUAAGCAUCAUGAUGGGCCUGGUGCCCUCCACGUUUUGGAACUGCGAGUGUGAUCUGGCUGACUGCUCCACUGUCGCUCCUCUCUACAGCCGCCGCUUCCUCAUAUUCUGGGCAGUUCUCAACCUGCUCACUUUCCUUAUCAUGGUGGCCAUGUACACACGGAUCUUCAUCUAUGUGAGAUACCAGACCUGUUACGCUGCUCAGCACACAUCGGAGACGUGGCACAGGCAGACUGUUAUCAAUCUGAUGAAAACCAUCUCCAUGGUUCUGGGCGCCUUCGUAAUCUGCUGGAUGCCUGGCCUCGUGACCCUCUUACUGGACGGGCUGCUGGGUGAAGCCAGCCACGCCAACGCCUACGAGAAGUUCUGUUUGGUGAUAGCAGAGUGCAACUCUCUGGUCAACCCCAUCAUCUAUUCCCUGCGGGAUGACGAGAUGCGGAGGACGUUCAAGAAGAUCCUGUGCUGCCUGUGUCGGAGAGGUGGCGACCAGCAGAGGGAGCUGUCACCUGUCGAGGUUGACUCACCACUGCCAGAGGAAACUCUUGGCUGUGUGGAGAAGUCAGAAGAUCAGGCCGUCUGUACAAACCGUAAAGAAGACAGCUGGACGCUGCCGGUGGUAUGAUGGCUGUAGGCCUGCAAUUUAAAAAGACUUUUACUGCCAUCUAACCAGCACAGACUGUGUAAAUAUAUUUUGUAUUUCUGCUGGACGUCAGUCAACUCCUGCCAAUUGACCUCUCUUCUGUUUGCAUUUCUGAAUUGAAUGAGAAAAAAAAUAUAUAUAUGUAUAAAGUUGUAUUUUUCGAAAA